AUGAAUUAUUAUUUUUCAAAACAAAAUAGCCUUAAAACAACAUUAAAAUAUUUUUUUAUUUUAUUUAUUUUUUUAAAUUUAUUUUUUAAAUUAAUAAAUGGGGAAAAUAUAAAAUUGUUUUUGUCAACAAAAAUAAAUAUUAGUGAAAUAAAUAAUGAAAGAUUUGCUUUAGAACAGGGGUGUGUGAUGCGUGAUAUUUGUGGGGUAGAUGGUGAAUUACGUCAAAAUUGCCGAUACGAAGGCAGUCCAGUUCCAAUAUCUCUAAAUGUUGAGAAAGAAUAUAGAGAUUUGUGUCCACAAUUAUUUAAAGAUGGAAAUAUUGCGACAUGUUGUAAUCAUGCUCAGUUUGAAAUUCUCCGAAACAAAAUGUCUUUACCAAGAAUGUUGUUGCAACGUUGCCCUUCUUGUUAUUCUAAUUUUGCCAAUUUUUUCUGUCAAUUUACUUGUUCUCCCUUUCAAGCUAAUUUUGUUAAAAUAACAGAAAUGCUCAACAAUAGCAAAGCUAUAUAUAAUGAAGCAUAUAUUUCUCGGGUAGAAUAUUAUAUAACUUCAAAAUAUGCUCAACAAUUUUUUGAUUCUUGUAAAAAUGUUCGGACAACAACCGGGGAUUUUGUUUUGAGUAUUCUUUGUGGAACGAGUAUUGAUAAUUGUACUCCUGAACGUUUAUUUAAAUAUAUUGGGACUUACAAUAAAGCUUUAAAUAUUCCUUUUACUAUUGAUGUGAUAAUAUCUCCAAACAACCAAAUAUUAUCAACUACCCCUUACCAAAAACAAAAACAACGUUUUUUGAAGCCAAUGAAUACAACAACCUUCAAGUGUAAUCAGUCUUCUGAUUUGUCUGAUUCCCCAUGUUCCUGUGUUGAUUGUUUGUCUGCUUGUACAUCAUCAGCACCCUUUCCAUAUUUAUUCCAGGAAAGUUGUAAAAUGGCUACAAUGGAUUGUUCAACAGCAAUGAGCAUAAUGGCAACUUGUAUUUUGUUUGGAGUUGUGAUGUUAGCUGUUGUCCUACAUUAUAUUUUGAGAAUGUAUACUUCAGAGGAUGUUGACGAUAUUGCUGUUGAUAUUGUCCCCCGUUCAACUAAAGAAUCUGUUAAAUUCUCUCGAGUUCAAUUAGAAGACUAUAUUAUUAAUUAUUGUUCAAAAUAUGGCAGUUUUGUUGCCCGUCACCCUUUAAUUAUUUUCCUUCUUGGGUUAAUCCCUUCUUUAAUAGCCUCUUCGGGAAUUGGAAUGAUCCGUCUAACGACUGACCCUGUGGAGCUUUGGAGUUCUCCAGGAAGUGAUGCUCGUGAACAAAAGGAAUUUUUUGAUAAUAAUUUUGGUCCCUUCUAUCGAACUGAACAAAUUAUUAUUGUACCAAAAGAUCAAACUUUUUGGGAACGCGAAGAUUCUUCGAAUUUUCUUAAAAAAGUUAGGAUUGGACCUGUCUUUCGAAAAAAUUUUUUGAAAGCUUCUUUUAGUCUUUACAAACAAAUUUUGGAAUUAGAUACAACUUUAGAGAAUGAUAAAAAAUUAAUAACUUUGUCUGAUAUUUGUUUUAAACCCCAAUGGCCACAAAAUCCUCAUUGUGUUGUUAUGAGUAUUUUUAAUUAUUUUCAGAAUAAUAUCACAAAACUUGAUUUGGAGGAUGACAGUUCAUUCAAUACUUUUGAUUAUAUCGACCAUUUAUUUGAUUGUUUAGAGAAUCCCUACCAAAUGUCUAGUAAAUUACAAAUUUCUUGUUUGGGACAGUUUGGAGGCCCAGUACAGCCUUAUGUUGUGCUAGGGGAUUUUGAAGAGCCGGGAAAAUAUGAAACUGCGAGAGGAUUAGUAAUUACUUUAUUAGUUAAUAAUUACAAGAAUAAUGAAGAAAAUUUCAAAAACAAAAAUUUGUUAGCACUUGCUUGGGAGAAAAAAUUUAUUAAAUUAUUAAAAACACAUAAAAGUGAGAUUUUUAAUGUUACUUUUAUUGCUGAACGUUCGUUGGAAGAUGAAAUUGCUAGACAAAGUAAAUCUGAUGCUUUAACUGUUUUUCUUUCUUAUAUGUUUGUUUUUUUGAAUAUUUUUUUAAAAAUGAGAAAGUAUGGAAAGAUUUAGCCUAUGUAACCUAAAGGGAGUUUCAGGACUAGUUGGAAGAAGUAUAGGACAUUAACGGGUUUAAAAAGAGGGUGAAUAAUAUAUGACCGGCUAAUUAGACGGAUAACAAUCUUGCUUCCGAGAGCUCCCAGCCU